AUGCCCUCACACGGCGGUUCAGCGAUGCCACAGAUGUUCAAUAUGCCUGGGUACAACAUGUCACCACCCAUCACGAGUUUCCCCCACCAAGGGGGCUAUUUCGGCAGCCCGGUUCCGCCACAAUCUACACAGCAAGAUAGCUCCCACGAGUUCUCCCUUCCCCACAACGAUAGCGAACCGCACGGCUAUUACCCAGUCGGUCGCACAACGUCGCACGCCUCAGCGAUGAGCCUUCCUCCACCAGACUCGCCGAACGCUUUAUACAUGCAUGGCCAGCCGCAACACAGUCAGCAACCGUUACCGUCCAUCGGCAUGACCAUGCAGCCAUUCCCACCCGUUCCACUAACCUUGGAGUCGUCGCCAGCAGAGAUCGAGAUUAUGCCCUCCAGGCCGAAACCGCAGUGUUGGGAUCACGGAUGUAACGGCCGGCAGUUUUCGACCUUUUCCAACCUCUUGCGCCAUCAGAGAGAAAAGAGUGGCAGCGCGGUCAAAGCGAUCUGUCCCCACUGCGGGACUGAGUUUACAAGAACCACCGCACGAAACGGUCACAUGUCCGGGGGCAAGUGCAAAGGCAGGCCCGAGGGCGAUGGGCUGAACAAGACCAAGAACGAUCCCUAA